CGGAGGGGGAGGAGACGGCGCGGGCAGCGUUAAAAGGAGGCAGCUGAAUGACAGCGGUCGCCGCCGCCCCCCGCUCGCUGCUGCUGGCCAUGGACGGGAGAGAGGACGCGGAGUACGACUUCCAGGCGGCGUUCGCCGAAGCCCGGCGGUGGCUGGAGGCGGUUACCAGGCAAAGCUUUGGAACUAAAGACUUUCGAGCAGCUCUAGAAAACGGAGUCCUGUUGUGCGAUUUGAUUAACAAGAUCAAACCUGGCAUCAUUAAGAAGAUCAAUCGUCUGCCAACUCCAAUAGCUGGCUUGGAUAAUAUAAAUGUUUUUCUGAAAGCGUGUGGAAACAUUGGACUCAAAGAAGCUCAGCUUUUUCACCCAGGAGAUCUUCAGGAUUUGUCCAAUCGAGUUACAGUCAAACCAGAGGAGACCAACAGAAGAGUGAAAAAUGUUUUGAUUACAUUAUACUGGCUUGGGAGGAAAGCUCAAAGUGACCCUGAUUAUAAUGGUCCAUACCUCAAUCUUAAAGCAUUUGAGAAGUUAUUAGGGCAAGCAUUGAGUAAGGCACUCGAAGAGUCCAGCCAGCCAAGCAGAAGUGGCAGAGAUAGUGGGUACGGCGAUAUUUGGUACGUUGACCGGGGAGAGCCUUUCCCAUCUUCAGUUACUCAUAAAAGAGACGAUUCCUUUGAUAGCUUGGACUCUCUUGGUUCAAGGUCCUGCACGAGCUUUUCAUCAGAUAUAACCUUGAAAGGUGGCAGUGAAGGUUGCGACAGUGACAUAGACUCGGAACUGCCUUCCAAAAUGCAUGACUCCCAUAAAGAUGACAGGUCUUACCGCAGGAUUUCGGUGAUUGAACCAAAACCUACCACUGACUUCAACCGUUUCUUACCCAACAAAAACAAGCAGACAGCAUAUGUGCCAGCACCUUUAAGGAAGAAGAGGACAGAGAAGAAUGAGGACAACAGGAGGAGCUGGGCAAGUCCUGUUUUCACCGAGUCAGAUGGAGCAUUUUCAAGUAACCAGAGGAGGCAGAGGCAAUUGGAUACUAAAGGCGAAAACAAACCAAGAGUUAACAGUCCUUCACAAUUAUCUGGGUAUUGUGAUGAGGACGAGGAAGAAGUAGGCAUCCCAAACAUUGAAAAAGAUGAUCUCUAUAUUCGCAAGCUAAGUUCUUCAGCGCCAAAUACAGUUGUUGCUUUUGACAAAUUUCUUCCUAAGUUUUGGACUCCAGAGGAGGAAUUGCUAUGGAAAAAAAUCAAGAAAUCCUCUUUCAAACCCUGGUAUAAAGAGAUUCAAGGGUUCAGUAGAAAGAGAUCAGAUUCUGAAGAUGAGGAAUUUGCUUACAAACAAAGCUAUACUAUUGUUGCUAAUCAACCAAGACCAAGUUUUGACUGGAACAGUAGCUGCAGAAGGGAUCAGAAUUAUAAGCCAACUGCUGAAUAUGUGGGAAGCUCAUUGUCACAGAUUGCAGAAGGAAAAAUCUUGGAGUCUCCUGAUCAGCCCAGUCAGUUUUCGUUACUUCAGGCCCUGCAAAAAUACACUGACUACGUGUCUUCUGAAAUGGAGACCAGAAUUGAUCCCACUUCUGGCCCUAGGCUCAUAAAAUGUAGAAAGAAUGUUUCCUUUAUACCAGGAGGCAAGCAAGGAGACGAGGAGAAUGGAUAUCUAUAUCCAGAUUUGGAAAAUGAUGAUUUGUUUGUUCGGAAAACUGGGGCUUUCCAUGUGAAUCAAGUUGUUCUUCAAGACCCCCGGUAUUUAAAGAAAUUCUCUGAGCAGGAGCCUCCUCUAGAGGGUGAGAUAAUUCUGCAACCCAGAGAGGGCCAAACUGUGCUUCCAGAUUUGGAAAAGGAUGACAUGAUUUUUCGUAAAGUCCUCUCUCAAAAAAAAGAGGUGCCUUUAUCAGGUGCUCCCGACAAGUAUCACCCAGCACUGUUUCCUGAUCCGUGGAGCCUUCCAGAAGAGAUACGGUCCAAAUUUCUAUGUUUACUUGAAAAAAAUGCGAUACCAGAGGAAAGGAAGAGCAAUGGCAGAGUGCUGUCGCCAUCUUUACACCAUAAGAAGGACGAUAUGCUGACCCGCAAGAUUGAAUCUUGGAAAGUGGGAAGCAACGUCCAGCCAGUAAAUUUUAUCCCAGGUCCAUGCAGUGAAGAAGACUGGAAGAAGUGGGAAGCAAUCAGGGAGGCCAGCAAAGUUAGACACAAGAAACGGCAGAUGGUGGAGAGACUGUUUCAAAAGCUUUCUGAUGAGCAAGGGAGUAAAUCUUUGAAUGAUGUCAGUGCAGAGGAGCUGCAGACACUGCGCAAAAUCCGUUAUGAAGAGUUGCAGAAGAUAAAAGAGCAGUUACAAGAGCAAGAUCUAAAGUGGCAAGAAGAUCUAGCAAAAUGGAAGAGUCGUAGAAAGAGUUACACUUCAGAAUUGCAAAAGAAAAAGGAAGAGAGGGAAGAAAUUGAAAGGAGAGCCUCUGAAGUGUCUGGAAGGAGUACCAAGUCACUGAAGGAUAUGCACCAGGAGAGGGAAGACAGAGAUCAGGAGUCCUAUGAGCAGCAGAAACAGGAGCACAACUGGGCGUCCUCACUGAAUGAUGAUGAUGUGUUCAGUGAAGACAAAGCACCUUCCACAGCAGCAGAAGAUUGGUCAGCAGCCAAAGAUCACCGUUUGGAAGAAGAUGCUUCCCACAGCACUAGGGACAGUAAAAGUGUGUACACCACCCAGCCUCCCAAGGAGAACCUGCCCGAGAGCUCGGCUGCUCGAGAAGCUCCUGCUCCUCCAGAGAGCCUGGAGCGGGAGCAGAGCCCGGUGCUUUUGUCCACUCGUUACUCAGUGAAUGCUCAAACUGGGUCAGCUCAGGUUUCAGCUUCUCUCCCGAGAACUUACCAGAAAACUGAUACCUCCAGGUUAACAUCUGUGGUUACACCAAGACCUUUUGGUGUCCACUCAAGAGGAAUCUCGUCACUUCCACGGUCGUUCACGAUGGAUGAUGCUCAGAAAUACAAUGGAGAAGUAGAAAAAGCUAAACGAACUCAAACUUUGUUCACCAGCAUUUCACAACCAGAGUCUGCACACCCUCUCUCCACUGGUGCAUUCAGAAGCAGAGGUGAGGAGGAAGAGGAGGAAAAAGGUGUUCAGUCAACACCUCCUCCCAGUUUGGCAUUACCUUUAAAGCCCCAAGACCAAGAUGCUGGAAGUAGUAUUCCUAAGCCAGAAUAUGGCAUUCCUCCUGAUUCUCUUUCACUUGCAUCUUCUGCAGAAACUGCAACUCUGACGGAGCCUAAGGAUUCAAAAUCCAUGGAACAGUACAGUGAAAUGAGAAUCAGUAUAAACCAGAGACCUGGCCACAGUCGCAGCUUUGGGUUUACAACAAAUUGGAGUUCUUCAGGAGCCAUUGUACAGACAGUUGAAGAAGGCAGCCCUGCAGCACUUUGUCAGCUGCAUGUAGAUGAUGAGAUCAUUGCUGUCAACGGCACAAAGGUUUCCCAUAUGGACCACAGUCAGUGGGAAGAAGCCAUCAACAGAGCACUAGAAACUGGAAACCUGGUCAUGGAUGUCAGACGAUAUGGAAAGAAUGACUGGGGCAAAGACCUGCCUUCCCUGCCACAUGUAAGGCAUAAAAUCCUCAAUCUCACCAGUGUGGCUACCAACAUUAUAGGUACAUCUGAAAAUAAAUGGAUUGAUGCAACUUCGGGAGAAAAAGUUUCAAAUGCUUCCACCAUAUCCACAAAAAGAGAUUUCUCCAGCAGCCUUCAAAGUUCUGAUACAGAAACAAAAUUGAUAAAUGGAAUGCAAGGAGAUCUUGGCUCUAAUGAACAAAGAGGGUCAUCAGGUUAUUCUUACAAUUCAUGGGUCUACCUUUGUGGAGGCCCAGAGCCUGCAAUGCCUGAUCUCCCAGUUCCCUCCAUCAGUGCUCCUAGCCGUCGGGUUUGGGAUCAAGAGGAAGAGCGAAAACGACAGGAAAAAUGGCAAAAAGAGCAGGACCGUUUGUUGCAGGAGAAAUACCAACGAGAACAAGAGAAACUGAGGGAAGAAUGGCUACGAGCUAAGCAAGAAGCGGAAAAAGAGAGCUCCAAGUAUUUUGAUGAGGAACAGACUGUUCUAACCCUAAAUACAACAUCUAUCACUUCUCAGGCUCCACCUGUGUCCAGCUGGACAGCAAGCCCAGAAGCAGAUGCUCCCAAGGAGCCAGAACGAGAUGGAGAAAACGAGCUGGCAGCGAGCUUGCUGCAUGAGGAGGAAGGAAGGAGGAGGCUUCAGGAGGAACGGAGGACCCAGGAAGAAGCUACCAGGCAUUUUGAGCAGGAACAGGAACUCCAAGAGCUGGAGCUGGAGAGACAGCGUAAAGAGAGGGAGCAGCAGCAGGCUGAGGAGCAGAGGCGGCAGGCGGAGCUGGAGGAGCAGAGGCGGCAGGCGGAAAAGCAGAGGGAGGUGUCAGUGGAGGUGCCUCAGUACCAAAGACAUUACGAGCGCUAUGAAGUAUCUAAAACAAUAGAGGAUAGAGCUGGCCAUCCUGUCAUUGACAGACAUUAUGAGCGUUAUGAAGUUUCUAAAACCAUUGAGGCGCAGCCUGGCCAGUCGUUUGCUGACAGGAAUAAGUCAAAGUCAACUACAGAACUGAAUGAAGUCAACACAAUCAGAAAUGGUACCCAGAGCAAGUAUUCAGAGAGGUCCUGGAACAUGGGUGAGUCGCAGAAGAAACCUCAGAAGGAGCAAAACCUGUCUGCAGCAGAGCUGGAGAGACAGCAAAUCCUUCAGGAAAUGAGAAAGAAAACAUCUCUACACACGGACAGCAGCUGGAUUAGGCAGCGCAGUGCCAGUAUACAUAAGGAGCCCAUUAGUCUGUACAGCAGUAGUAUGAGGAGAGGGGAGUCUUUGGACAAUCUUGAUUCUUCAGGAAUGAGGUCAUGGAGGCACCACUCACGGCUGAACCAGUCUGCGUCCUCUUUAUCUCUGUCUUCUAGUCAAGAUUCUAGUCGCCCGGUGUCCACCUCAAACCGAGCCUACAUGUGCACUCCUUCCUCCAGCAAAGCACCUCCUGUGGCCACCUCUGCAAGAGCCCCCUCCACAUCCCAGACAGCUCCCAGGGCUCAGUCUCCCCUCUCUGCUUCCCAGUCAGGGUCCCAGACACGCAGCAGGUCAGUCAGUGGGAAGAAAAUCUGUUCAUACUGUAAUAACAUUCUGGGCAAAGGAGCAGCCAUGAUCAUUGAGUCUCUUGGUCUUUGUUAUCAUUUACAUUGCUUUAAGUGUGUUGCCUGUGGAUGCGACCUUGGUGGAUCCCGCUCUGGAGCUGAAGUCAGGAUCCGAAACAACAAACUCUUCUGCAACGACUGCUAUAUCAGAUUUAAAACUGGACAACCAACCUGCAUGUGAAGCAAAUGAAGAUAUGAAACCACUGUUGCAGAUACAAGAAGAGGUGAUUGCUGCUGAUGUAGAUCUAUAAAUAUAUAUAUUGUGUGUAUGUGUGGUUUUUUCUAAGAGUAACUCUUGCUUGUCUAGUCUUCAUAGCAAUACCUUGUAUUCUUCAUGUAACUAUUUUUAUUUAUAAGAAAGUAAUUGCAGUAAGGAAAUAGCUGGGAAAAAUGCUUUCACAUUUUCAGCUUCAAGUACUGAGAGCACAAGAGAGAAUAAGUAUAUUUUCAGUAAUAACUUCAAAAUAUUUUUGAGGCUUAUAAUCAACUAGUUGACUUUCCAAUGGUAUAUGAAGAGGGUAUUUUGUUUCUAAGCUCUUGAAAUGAGCAUUAGAGAAAUAGCUAAUAUAAAUAUAUAUUUGCAAUUGCUGUCUUUAUUUUUGACAUAUACUGAAAGUGAAUUCUCUAGGUUAAUAUGAAGCUGCAUUUAAAUGCACACAAAUGUGUUUGCUUUCCAUAUGCUGGUUUCUAAAAUUAUGUGCUUUUUUGAAACCUAAAUACAGAGAAUAAUCUCGGAAUUUGCUCAGUGGUGUUGGCAUAAUAUUCUGUGGAAUCCAUUUAAGAGAGAGAGUUUUCUUUUCCUGUUUGGAAAUGUAACUAUCACUCUUUCCUCUGCAAACUGAGUGGAGAAUGGUUGUUGAAUUACCAUAUAUUUGUAAAUAAAAAAUCGAAUGUUGCAUUUA